GCGAUUUUCGUCCAGCCCGAAAUGAGGUGCAGCAGCUCUUAACAGUAAAUUGCCUCAUCAUCGACGUAGCUAAACUCAACGUUGCAUUCUUUCGACUCCGGGACCCGAAUGCUUCAUGUUUAAGUGAGGGUGCCUCCGAAUGGGACGGUUGAAGUACCUCCGUACCCAAUGCAGAUAUACGCAUUGCCCUCCGACAUGGACGCUGUUUCAACCUCAGGCUACUACACGCGCCCUUCCAGAGGACUUCCAGAGGACUUCCAGAGGACUUCCAGGGUUGAAGGCCACACAGAGGGAACUGUCAAAACUACCGCUCGUCCGAGCUGAGGACUACUUGUCAAGAAACCUAAGAUGGAUGUCCGAGAUGCAGAUCAUAGGAAGCCCUGCCGGUGAACCAAUUGAGCCAAAGCAGUCCAGCGACUCCAAUAGGAUAGCCCGGAGCCCAGGUCGAACGCCGCAUGGCCAACGACACACCGUCCCCGAGUAUGGUGCAUCUCUGAAGGUCGAACAACCAACUACGAGCGACGAGCGACGACCGUCAAUCGACCAAAUUCUCAGAUUGCUGCUGGUGAACGCUUGCAUGGCUCCCUCAUUCAGCGUUAUAUGCACUGGAGGCUUACUUUCCAACCCGAGAUUCAGUUGCUCUUACUCCUCCUUCUCUUCUGCCAUUUGACGUGAGAUGCUCCGUGAUCUCAUUUGCAGAAAGCUCUUUCGUGCCUUUUCUGAUUCUCCCCUUAAGACUACUCUUCAAUAGCCCUUCUUGUGCACUUUCGUUUCUGGCAUUCUCCCUUCGAGCCACCAUCUCUCACCUCUCAUGGCCGCAAGCUCGAUGGCUCUCACUGUAGGAUCCUCGCAGCCACCUUGAACGAACCUGUUUUUCCUCUAGAAAUCUAAUUGGCUACCUCACCCUCGACUACCUCCCUUCCGGAAGAACUAUACUCACUUGAUAUCUCACUUCGAAACGCCACUGGCUACUGGUCUCCCUAGUUUACAGUGGACCUUCAUCCGCCCUUCGACCUUGCAAGCGCUUCCGCCAGUGGAAUUG